AUGGGAAGCACGAUUUGUCGAGUAACUUGCAUGCUUAACAAACUCUCUUCAAUCACUUUCUCCGAUGGAAGCUGUUUCCCUCUUCAAGCUUUGUAUAUUUAUAACCAAAUGCAACUUGGUGAUGUUGUUUCUGAUUGUUUCACUUACAAUUUCGUGAUCAAAGCUUGUUCUAGAGCUUAUAAGUUUUUGCUAGAAAGUGGUAGUGGUAGUUAUGAUGAUGAUGUGCUUGUUGUUGUUUAUAGUAAAGGAGCUGAAAUUCAUUGUAGAGUUAUCAAAAUAGGGUUUGAAAAUGACACUUGUGUUCAAAACUCUUUGCUUAAUUUGUAUGCUCACUGUGGGUUGGUCUCAGUUGCACGCCACCUGUUUGAUCAAAUUAAGAAUACAAGUUUGGUUUCUUGGAAUAUCAUGAUAUCGGCGUAUCAUCGAAUUAACGAUUUUGAAUCUGGAGAUAAGCUUCUUGAAUUGAUGCCGCAUAAGAAUGUUGUUUCGUGGAAUACCCUGAUUGGAAGAUAUGUUAAGUUAGGUAAUGUUGAGGCUGCAAGGAGAGUGUUUGAUUGUAUGCCUGAGAGGGAUGCGGUAUCGUGGAAUUCUAUGAUUGCUGGUUGUGUUUAUGUUAGAGAUUAUGCAGGAGCGUUGGAACUCUUUUCUGAGAUGCAAAGUGAUGGAGUAAAACCAACAGAGGUAACACUUAUAUCGAUCCUGGGUGCCUGUGCUGAAAUUGGUGCAUUGGAGAUAGGUCACAAGAUACACGACUCUCUCAGAGCGUGUGAGCAUAAGAUUGAAGGUUAUUUAGGUAAUGCCCUUCUGAAUAUGUAUUGUAAAUGUGGGAAUUUGAGCUUGGCUUGGGAAGUAUUUAAUGGGAUGAAGAUGAAAACUGUGAGUUGUUGGAAUGCUAUGAUUAUAGGUUUGGCUGUCCAUGGUUAUUGUGAGGAGGUUUUCCAUUUGUUUUCAGAGAUGGAAGAGAGUCUUGAUGGUAGUAUUAAGCCAAAUGGGUUGACGUUUAUCGGUGUUUUGGUUGCUUGUAGUCAUAAGGGGUUGGUUGAUAAAGCAAGAUGGUAUUCCGAUCAUAUGGUAAAGAAGUAUGAAAUUCUGCCCAAUAUUAAGCAUUACGGUUGCAUGGUUGAUCUUUUAAGUAGAUGGGGUUUGUUGGAAGAGGCUUAUCAGAUGAUUAUGAACGCCCCUUUCCAAAAUAGUGCAGUGUUAUGGAAUACAUUGCUGGGUGCUUGUAGGACACAAGGUAACAUGGAGUUGGCUGAGAUAUCCUUCCAACAACUUGCCAAACUGGAGAAACUAACAGAUGGAGCUUACAUGUUGUUAUCUAACAUGUAUGCUGAAGCUGGAAGAUGGGAUGAGGUUGAGAGAUUGAGGAGUGAAAUGGAUUACUUGCAUGUUCCUACACAAGCUGGCUACAGCCAAAUCAAUAUGAAUGUCCAAUAA